UGUUGUUGUUAGGAGCAUGAGAGGCAGACCUUGACUAUCCAUAGCUGACGUGCAUUUCCAUGUCUGAGCAAAGUGGACUGUCACCGCCACCGCCACCGCCACCAUCGGCAGCACCACCAUCAGCCAAUCUCAACCCAGACCACCAGCAGCCGCCUUGUCCCCCGCUGGACCCUCCCCCCAACCCCAUCCCCAACCCCAUCGCCGCCAGUGAUGCAGACAUCUACUCGCCCGAGACCAUCAACGAGCAGGGGUUCUUCGACGCUGCCCGGUUCCAGCGGCUCAUGCACUUCUAUCGCCAGCAGAGCGAUCCCACCCUCCAGCGCCUGCAUCCCUGGCGCAGGGGACACAACGUCCGCCGCAUCAGCCAACUGGAGCCACUCGCUGGCCCAGCUGGCCUUGAGGUGCUCUCGGGCGGAGAUCAGCCUGAGCGAGAGGCGGCUACCGUGCAGCAGCAACGGAAGCGAAAGCUGGCUGACAAUGGUGGUGCUGACACGGCCGACUCGACGACGCUUGUGCGGCAGGACAGCGACAUGCUGGUGAAUGGAGUGGAGAGGGAUGUGUUCAGCGGCAAUGGUGGUUUGGAGGGGGAGGAUGUGCGCAUGGCCGACCACCCUGCUAUCGACGCUGCGGAUGGCGGCAGGGAUGGGGAUGCCGGCAACAGCCGCAUGGAGCUGAUUGACAGUCCGAACGAUGAGUCGAGUCCCGCAGCAGCCAGAGACCCCUGCUACGCCGCCCACAACAAAUCUUCCAUCACGCCGAUGCCGAGACGGCCGACCAAGGCGGCCAAGCAGGGCCCGUUCGCCGACCUGCUCAUGCCGCCGAGGCAGGAGACCUUUGCCACGAUGGCCGCCGCCGACAUCAGCAGCAUCCAGAUCGACCGCAUGUCCCCCCUGAAGGCCCGUCAGGCCCGCCCGUCGCCCCACAGCGACCACACGUCCUUCUACAAGACGCGCCCGGCAGAGAAGCUCCGUCUCAUCCUGGACAUCGACAACACCCUCGUCCACACGGUCCAGGUCGGCCAUGUGGCGCAAAGCAACUCCGGGGCGACAGGCGUGCCCUACAAGCUCAAUGGUGCCGAUUUCCUGGACAGCACGGGAAAGCCGGAGCUGUACAUAUGGCGGCAUGCGGGGGCGGAGGGGGGGGAGGGGGGCGGGGGCCAGCAGGGCGCCACCCCCCUGUACUACUACAUCAAGCUGCGGCCGGGCGUGAGGGACUUUCUGCGGUCGCUGGCGCCGUACUACGACUUCGCCAUAUACACCAGCGGGGUGCAGGUCUAUGCCUACGUCGUGCUGGCCAUACUCGACCCAGAGAGGAAGCUCUUUGCCGACAGGUGAGUGACUGAGGGAGGGAGGGAGGGGAGGGUGUGCAGCUGGAUUGUGUGUGCGUGUGUGUGUGUGUGCAGGAAUGUGGUGUGUCGCGAAGAGAGCCAGCCCAAGGAGGACACCAAAGAGCUCAAGUGGGCAGCGAACCCAACACGACCACACACGCAUGGCAUCGCAUGCACCGCACGAACAUCCCAUCCACCGAUCCAUCCCAUCCAAUCCAGUCCAUUCACUCACCAUUGUGUGUGUGUGUGUGCGUGUGUGUGUGCAGGAAGCUGUUCGAGGACCCGCGUGACCGUUCCAUAUCGGUGAUAGUGGACGACAAGGUGGGCGUGUGGAUCAACCCCUCAGAGCAGCCGCUGGUCAUCCAGUCGGACCCUUACAUGUUCCUCAACACCACCCUCACACACAAGGCCGUCCCCCCACCGCCCCUCUUCAACCACCAGCACCAACUCAUGGCCGACCAGGCCAACCUCUACGCCGGCAUCACCACCGUCGUCACGCAUCCUGCCUUCGAGGGCAGGUACGAGCGGCUCCCGGACAGCGACAAGCAGCACGAGCUCACCACCGAAAUAUUCAAGCUGUUCAACGGCUUCACACUGCCGCUCAAGAGAGAGGGCGACGGGACCACUGCCAGUGCCAACGGGGUAUCUGGAGGCGGCGGGGGCGGUGUGAUGGACUCGGACCGGCAGCUGUGCUACCUCAAGGAGCUGCUGCUCAAGCUCUACAGGCGAUACCAGAUGGAGGGCGGACGCAGAGAGUGAGACCACACACACAACCACACACACUCCACCCACCCACCAUCCAUCGAAUGCACUUCUCUGUCUCUGGAAACGUGUAUGUAUUGUGUUCAUGGAUCAGGGUCCGAUCGCUGCUGAAGGACAUCCGCCAGGAGACCCUCCAAGGUGUCAGGAUGCAGUUCGCAGGCUUCCUGGGCACACAUUCUGAGUGCCGGGGCCACGAGACGCUCACGUCGUCGCCCAACCAGCGUGCGUACGGUCCGUUCGGGUGGGUGCAGCAGGACGAGCUCAAGAAGCACCUGGAGAGCAUGGGGGCCGUCUUGACCGCCGACAAGGACCUCAGGAGCGACACUACACACCUCGCCGUCUGGUCCGAGCUGCAGAGCGGAUCCAAGAUCGACACCGUCAGGUCAGUCUGUCUGUCUGUCUGUGAUCUGAUGUGCAUUGCGCGGAUGCAUCGGCCAUCCAUCUCUCUCUCUCUCUCUCUCUCUGUGUGUGUGUGUGUGUCUGUGUGUGUGUAUAUGUCUGUCUGUGUGUGUGUGGAUCAGGCAAUGGCGGCAGCAGGGUGCGUCGAUCGAGUGUGUGCACUGGUCCUGGAUCCAGGCGUGCGCCUCAACGUGGACCAGGCUGCCGGAGACGCUGUUCGAGCCGCUUCCCCUCUACGCCAAGAUGCCCUUCCGCGACCGCGAUCUCAACACCCCCAUGCCCCAGCAGGCCAUAGAGGUGGCCGGCCAGACCGUCUCCAGCACCAUCAACAUGUACAUGAAGACCAUCUGGGACCACACGGGAUCGCUCGCGUCGUCCGCCAGGCCCAAGAAGGUGUGGAAGACCGCCAAGGCCGCUCAGACCGGCAAGGGCGCCAAGGCCUUCCGGGAGUACGUCUGUCCCUGCGCCAAGGUCGAAGGGAACCUCGUGGCGGGCCUGGGCGACGUCGUGCGGCUCAAAGGACGGUCCGCUGCAUCCACGUCGGCUAGCAUGGGGCCGGAGCUGUUCAUUCCAUCAUCAUUCAGCUGAUUCACCUGGAUGAUGGGGUGGGUGGUGGGUGUGCGUAUCGGUGCGUCCAAUGCCACGUGUUGUGUUGCGUGCAUGGUGUGUGGGGUGCGGUGUGGUGUGGCAAGGCGCAUGGUGUGGUGCCCCGCACAGAGGCACACAUCAUGCCAACGGAUGGCGUGUGCGUGAGGGCCGCAGAAGGAGAGCUAGG